GUUCCACCUGUUGCCCCUGCCGCCGCGACGACGUCAGCAGCUGCGAGGGGGAGAAGAAGGGGGAACACCUGUAGCGCUCUGCGCCAAUGGCGGGUCCCGACUGAACCUCGCCGCCGCUCGCUCUCCGAGCCGGCGCUCUUCUGCGCGUUCACCUGUGCUACAAAGAGGGGAGGGGGGACGGGCAUCGACGGCAGCGCCAGCGCAGCGCCCCGCGGCCACGGGGAAACCGGCAGAGUCGGUCCGGUAACAGCGGUGCGGCCGGUGUCCUCCCUUGGUUUUGUGGUGGUGGUGGUGGUGUGGUAGCGGUUUGUUGGCAUUUUUUGGGGGCCCGGGUGUUUUUCGUCUUGGCUUUUCGAUAGGGGGGCUUCUUUCUCUUUCCGACUCUCGUACUUCGGUUCCCUCUCACUUCCUCGUCCGCCGUCGUAUCUCAAAAAGCACCGCUCCGACUCGGAACCUACCUCCCCCGAGACACCAAAUCGGGUCUCCUAUUCUCCGCUGCUUCCAAACUCGCUAUCGUCCGUCAAGCGCUCGAGAGUCGAUUCUAAUGCUCACGUAAGGCUGUCCGCACGCUUCUUCUUUUUGCUUCUCACGGGACAUCAAUUCGGCGCCGGCCGCUGCAGCAGCCGUGAUCCAAAACUGCCAAGAGGAAAAAGCGACACGAAUCUAGGCGGCGUUCACUAACAGAAAACAUCCAAGAGCCUUAAUUUAUAAUCACCUACUGCCUACUCGGUUGCUCGCAUCGCGUCCGAGACGCUCUCGGCGGGUGAAACGCCCGCGGCCGGUGCAAGCAAGAGCCCAUCUACAAUGCUGGCGUCGACGUCGAGCUUCGAACGUGUGCACGGCUCAUUCAUCGGUGACCAGUAGCUCCGUCCUCGUCUUCGUGCUUCUCGGUCCCCGGGCGGCACCGUUCCUCUCGACCCAUGGAAGCCCGUCGCGCCUGGCAGACGAGCUGAAUAGCGUGCAUCUCUCCAUCGGGGGCGGUCCUGGGCAUGACUCCGAGCACGGGGCUCUGAUCGCUCUCGGAGUUCCUUCUUCGCUCGUGGUGGUGCCUGGUCAUCAACAUGGCUGCCACGCGGUUCGUGGUGGUCGUCCAUCUGGUCACGGCUGGUCAGCAAGGAGACGCGCUGGGCAGCGACGAACAGGACACCGUCGUCUUCUCCUGGCUGGUCGUGGACGUCGCCAACAACAAGGUGGUGGCGGUGCAACAGAACCUGGUCAAGCCUCGGUCGUGUGACGUCAACGAAAACCUGCUGUCAGAAGCGUGUCGCAGCGAGUUCGGCAUCUCCGAGGAGCAGCUGAAGAACGCCCUGCCAUUGGAGCAAGUGCUGGACCAGUUCAGUCAGUGGGCCCGGGCCCGCCUGGAGUCCGAGGCCGGUGGCCAGUUCUACUUCGUGACGGACGGACAGCUCACGCUGCGCCAGGCCCUGCACCCCGAGGCCGUGCGGCACGGCAUCCUGCUCCCGGACGCCUUCUACCACUUCUUCGACCUGCGCAAGGAGUUUCAGAGCUUCUACGGCAAGGCCGUCGAGAGUCUACAGGACAUGCUGGCCUACUUGUCCUUAGAGCCGGACGCUUCGGCGGAAGUGAUCGCUCGUCACGUCCAAGACAUGGCCAAGGUGAUUCUCAGGCUCAACCUGGACGGACACAAAUUCAUGGAACCAGAGGAGAUAUCUCAAAGGCUAGAAUCUGGAAUCUGCAAGACGGACGUGGUGGACAGCAACACCGUGGUCCGAGCCCGAGGCCUUCCCUGGCAGUCCUCGGACCAGGACAUCGCCAAGUUCUUCAGCGGACUCAACAUCGUCAAGGGCGGCGUGGCGCUGUGUCUAAGCUCCCAGGGUCGGAGGAACGGCGAGGCCCUGGUCCGCUUCGAGAGCCACGAGCACAGGGACAUGGCUCUCAAGAGGCACAAGCACCACAUCGGACAGCGCUACAUCGAGGUGUAUCGGGCCACCGGGGAGGACUUCGUCAAUGUCGCCGGAGGCAACAACAACGAGGCCCACUCGUUUCUGUCCCGGGGUGGCCAGGUCAUUGUGCGGAUGCGGGGCCUGCCUUACGACUGCACUGCCAAGCAAGUGGUGGAGUUCUUCGCCUCCUCGGGCACGGGCGAGGCCGGCACCGAGCCACACGCAAGCUGCCCCGUGAUGGACGAAGAAGACGGAGUGCUGUUCGUACGAAAGCCGGACGGCAGGGCGACUGGUGACGCCUUCGUCCUCUUUGACUCUGAGGAGGUGGCCGGCCGUGCCCUGCAAAAGCACCGGCAGCUCAUCGGCGCCCGCUACAUCGAACUCUUCCGGAGCACCACGGCCGAAGUGCAACAGGUGCUGAACCGCACCAUGGACCCGCGAACGUACGAGACUGCGCAGCCCCUGAUUGCGUCGCUGCCCCAGGUGCCCCUGUUGCCACAGCAGAUCCUCCCGUCGCGCUCGUCCCGCAAGGACUGCAUCCGCCUCCGGGGCCUGCCGUACGAGGCCCAGGUCGAGACCAUCCUCGAGUUCCUCGGCGAGCACUCGCAGGCCAUCGUCUACCAGGGCGUGCACAUGGUCUAUAACGCACAGGGACAGCCAUCCGGCGAGGCCUUCAUCCAGAUGGACUCGGAGGACUCUGCCUUCUUGGCAGCCCUUCAGCGUCACCAUCGCUACAUCAUGGGAAAGAAGCCUCGCUACAUUGAGGUGUUUCAGUGCUCCAUCGACGACAUGAACCUGGUGCUAACCGGUGGCAUCCCUGUCCAGAGGCCCCUCCUGUCGCCAGGAGGCGCCAUGCUGCAUCCGUACGGGGCCUACCCGUACGUGCAGCCUCCGGCCCCGGUGCUCCCGGCGACCACGAUGACAACGCUGGCACCGCGGGUGUCCACCUACUAUCCGCCCAUCUUCUACUGGUCCUAUCCAAGUCCACCGGUGUCCCCCACCACGUACUACCCCCACACGGCGGGCCCCACCAUGGUAAUUUUGCGCGGGCUGCCCUAUAGCUCGACGGCCCAGGACAUUCUAACCUUCUUCCAGGGCUUUCCAGAGCUGACGACGGACUGCAUCCAGAUUCAGCGCAAUACGGACGGCCGCCCCAACGGCGAGGCCGUGGUCACCUUCCCGACUCGGGCCGAAGCCGAGCGGGCCAUCCAGGAGAAGAACCGCCAGAACAUCGGGAACCGCUACAUCGAGCUGUUCAUGGCUUGAAGCGGGCGGCCUCGCCAAGGUGGCGCCAUGGCCGCGGGGACCAGGACCCGUGCUGGCCCCCCGUGACAUGAUGCGUCCCCGCAUGAUCAGCGCUGAACUGCCACGCCUCGCGCACUGUCCUCCAUGGCGGACAAAGAGUUUUGUGUUCGGACCCGGUUCGGCUCUUUACAGUCCUCUUAGUAUUGCUGUGAGCUGUGUAUUUUGUUUUUGUCUUUCAACUCCUGGCUUGCUAGCUUUAGCCGGGCCUUUUUUCCUUUGUCUCAUGUUGCUUUUAAAACGGCUCGUUUCUACAUAUUUGUGCCGUACAAAAUCUGCGUUUUCCAAGUAGGCUCGAGACCAUGGCUGUCGCCAGGAACGCGAAAAAGCGGACCCUCGAGUUUCGUGCAUAGCGUACGUCCGAUAUUCCUUGUAUCUGCUAGCUCCAGUUGAAGCAGCAAAAUCACACUGGUCUUCCAUUAGCGCCAAAUUGCACCUUCUUUUGUUUCUUUGCAACGGCCAUUUCUUUUGCGGAGCGCAGGAGCGUCGUCUCUGCUCUCCAAUCCCGAGUGUCCUCGAUGUGUGUGUGCCUUGUUGUGCAUUUUGUGCGUGUGUGGCCACUCUCGGCAUUUCAACUCGAUACUUGGCGCCCUCACGAAGCGUGCCUUACUUGCGCAAGUUCCCGCCAAAUCCGCCUCGGUCGUCUUUCAAGGAUGUGGUGGCGGCACGGCAGGACAACACCACCAAGACAGAAGGCCUCCGCACGGUCUUUUCUCCCUCUAUGAAGCGUCAUCAGGGUCGGAUGGCGCCAACAUAUGGCCCGACCUUCGACGCGCUCAUUGCCCCAGUCGAACAGUGACACAGCACUCGUGGCCAAUCUCACGCCUCGACCGAUCUGGGAUGACGCGUGCGGAGGCCUUCUGUCUAGAUGGUGUUGGGCAGGAGCCCCACCGACCCGACCACGUGAUCAGACAGAGGUGGUUCCAGGCGUGCACUCGCGCACUCUCCGGUCUCGGCGUGUGUUGCCCGUCGCCUUACAUGCGGCCUUCUCCUUUGUUUUCGUACCCGACAAAAUGGCCGCGGACACAGUGCAACAGGUGAAACGAGAUAAAGCGCCGCAGACGACGUUUGCUCUGACGAAGCGGCGCCAGUUAUUUAUUGACCCAACAGUGCAAUUGUGUUGUUGUCUGCCUCCGGCCCGCUGUUCUUCGUCACGGGUGUUGCACGAAGCUGCUUGCUAUAAGCGCCCAAGAGCUACGUGUGCCCCCCUCGCGUGCCGGCGGUCCUUUUGUCGUCCGGCCCCGUCAUCGCUGACGAAGCGCUCAAAGCGUGUUGGCCGACGCUUCUUUGGAUUAAUGUACGCACCUAUAGGGGGUGCUGUCUUGACCCAUGUAUAUAUUGACAUUCUCGCCUUCUUCACACAAGUUCACUUCUUUUUCUCCCGAGUGUUGCUAGUGUGUGUACAUAUAGCAAUGUGCAAGCAGGCAAUACCAACAAAUACCAUUUGUUUUUGUUUUGUUUUCACGCCAGGUUUGCAUUCGUCGACGUCCUCUAUGCCUUUCAGAAACAGCGUGUCGUACGUGUCAUCCCUAUGUCUGUAUGUGUGCAACCGUAAAAAAAAAAAAAGAAAGCAAUGAAAAAAAAAAUCGCAACACGAGAAAAACUUUUUUUCUGCUCUUCGUAAAUAAAAUUGUGACGAGAGAAUGCCGUGUCAAAUAAACUGAUUUCUUGGAAA